AAACUCUGUACAUGUUUUUCUCACCAAAAUCCAUCUCUCUUCUUCCUGAAGACACCUUUAAAUAGCCAUUUCAAUCAAAGAUCAAGCUCAUCACAAAAACAAAGAAGAACACCACAAAGCAAAGAAAGAAAGAAAGAUAAAAAGAUUUUCAAGGAAACAAUGGCAUUGAAGAAGAUUCUCUCUGCUUCUCUUCUUUCACCAUUUCUGAUCAUAUGUAUUAUUGCAUUGCUCUCUGUUCCAGUAUCAGUCGGAGCUCGCCGGUUAUUGGAGGAUCCUAAACCAGAAAUACCGACAUUGCCGGAGCUACCUAAACUAGAGAUGCCAAAGUUACCGGAAUUUCCGAAGCCUGAGUUGCCUAAGAUUCCGGAGAUUCCAAAACCUGAGUUGCCUAAGUUACCGGAGGUUCAGAAGCCUGAGUUGCCGGAGAUUCCGAAGCCAGAGGAAGUCAAAAUGCCGGAAAUUCCCAAGCCAGAGUUGCCAAAGAUGCCGGAGAUUCCGAAGCCUGAUUUGCCGACGUUUCCAGAGAUGCCGAAGAUGCCGGAAUUUCCCAAGUUCGAUGCUCCAAAGUUACCGGAAUUGCCAAAACCAGAAGAAACCAAAGUGCCGGCAUUCACAAUGCCAAAGUUUCCUGGAUCUCCAUAAGCCCAUUAUAUCAGAAGAAGGCCCAGCUACUUUGGAGCCCAGUCCAAUUUUCUGAAAUUGUUGUAUCACCCCUUGUAUUAUUUGUCUAUUUACAGAGAUGUGCUUCUUUCUAUUUCUUAGCUCAUCCUUGUACCUUAUUGUCUCGAUUGAUUGUGUUAUACUUUGUAUUUCUUGGUAUGUUUUUUUUUUUUAAAUGAAAUUUCUUGGUAUGUUUGAUACACA